ACGAUUUGUGGGCGGAAUUGAUCUGUCAACUAGCUCUCUUACUAAGUUUACCAGCGGUGGCCAACAAUCCCCAUGAAUUCGGCGAAAUAGAGCAACAUAUUUUUCCUCGUCUUGACUAUGCUCGGCAUGAAUUUGACGCGUCCCGGAAUGAAAUCGGAUGCAAAAAUAGUGCUUACAAUUGAUGAUUUCUCAUUCUCAAUAUACCGCAGCGUUAAACACUUAAAAGGGCUUAAGAGCUAAUCCUAAACAUAGUACACCCGUACAACACAAACAACCAACGACCAUGAAAUCUCAACGCAUCGCUGUCGCAGGUGGGCAAGGUAAAAUCGGAAAACACAUCGUUGAAGGACUUCUCGAAAUCAAACAGCUGUACUCUCUCGAAAUCAUCGUCCUCUCUCGUUCCGAGUCACCCGACGUCACUUAUGCAGGCAGUAGUGCGCCUGUCGUCGUUGUUGAUUACAAUGACCAGGCUUCUUUACAGAAAGCGUUGAAUCAGUACAAGAUCGAUACCAUCAUUUCUACGACAAGCGGCUUUUCUCCUGACCCGUUCAUCUCGUCGCAGAUAAACCUCCUUCAGGCUGCAUUGACAGUGCCCACAUUCCGUCGAUUCGCCCCGAGCGAAUUCACCGCCGCUCCAUCAGAGCAAGUGGCAGAUAAAGUAAAGCUGUUCCAAAUGAAACUCCCCAUCAUCCACUCCCUCCGCAAAGCCAAACAAGAGCGUCCUGAUUCUUUCGAGUUCAGCAUUAUUAGCUGCGGCAUGUUCAUGAACUAUCUCGGGUACGGGAAUACCAAACCGGAAGGACACAAAGCGUUUGGGCAUCUUGGGGCUUUCCCGUAUAUCUAUGAUCUGUCGAAGCACACCGCAGAUAUACCUGGCGAUGGAGAGAAGCAGAUAAGGUACACGAGCGCGGAUGAUGUGGGCAAGUUCGUAGCGGCGGCGACGCAGCUUGAUGUUUGGGAGGAGCACUUUGAAAUGGCUGGGCAAGUGGCAACUAUGAAUGAGAUUCUCCGAAUGUGUGAGGAUGUGCGCGGCACCAAAUUCGACGUCAAAUACAACUCUAGGGAAGACGUAGUGGCGAGGAUGAGUUCCGCUCCUGAGAAAGCGAUAGAAAACUUUUUCAUGGAAAAUUAUUUAGCCAUUAUCGACGGGGAUGCGGAUCUUAAAAGGCCUCUGAACUUGAACGAGUUGGUAGACGUGAAGCCUAUGGGGGUCCAAGAGUAUCUCUUGAAAUGGUGGGGAAAUUGAUAGGCACAUAUUUCGUUUGUACUUGGUGUUGUUCAUAGCCCGUGGGAACAAUGGCAUCUGCAGUACCACUACCUGA